AUGUCACCUCUGGAAUGUUCUGAGUGUUUGGAUGACCAACUUCUGCAUCAGACCUAUACCUGGCACCUCACACUGAACUCCUGGCCAAAUUUUACAAGGAGCAGAGAUACCAGAUCUGAAAACCUAGAAAUUCCAAUCAAUGUGGUUCUACUUCAGAGGGGCACAGCCGAGCCGUUCCUGAGGCUCCACAACUUGUACACCACCCCGAGGUGCGCGCGGCAGGCCGCCCUGCCCAGGGUGAGCCGCAGGGUCGUCAGCCAGCACUCGUACCCGCUGAACCGCUUCUCCUCCGCGCCCUUGGACUCCAUGGAGCGCCCCACCUCCCAGGCCGACCUCGAGCUGGAUUACAACCCUCCCCGCGUUCAGCUCAGCGACGAGAUGUUCGUCUUCCAGGACGGGCGGUGGGUGAACGAAAACUGCCGCCUGCAGCCUCCGUACUUCUCGCCCUCCUCCUCCUUCCACCACAAGCUGUACCACAAGCGGAUGGCCAAGGAGUACCUGCUGCAGGAGGAGAACAGGUCCCUGCGCGAGGAGAACAAGGCGCUGAGGGAGGAGAACAAGACCCUCCGCAAGGAGAACAGGAUCCUGCAGGCCUUCUGGGAGGAGCACAAGGCCUCCCUGGGCUGCGAGGACAGCAGGACCUCCGCGCCACCCCCGCCACCAAUGCACAAGGACAGCGCGGCCCUCGAGGCGGCGAAGAAGGACAGCACGGCCCUGCAGGUGCUCCGCAGCAAGGAGAACAGCACCCUGCAGCUCCUCCGCGAGGAGAACCGGGCGCUGCAGCAGCUGCUGGAGCAGAGAAAGGCUUGCUGGGCCCAGACGGAGGACAAGGCGGCCCCCGCGGAGGACCACAAGCCCGCGGCCUCGCCCCACGAGGAGCCCCACAGCCCUGGGCUUCUGCCCGACCAGGCCACGGGCCUCUCCUCCCCCUUCGAGGAGCCCAAGGGGCCCCCGAGGCCGGAGGACGACUCGAAGACCCUCCGCGCCCUGCGGGAAAUGCUCAACAAGCUGGCGAGCGCUUCCGGGGAGGAGGAGGAGAGCAAGGGCGGCGCGGGUCCGCAGGACUCCGGCCAAACCCUGCAGCUGCUGCGGGAGAUGAACCAGGCGCUGCAAGCCCUCCGCGAGGAGAACCAGUCGCUGCAGCUCCUCCGCGAGGAGAACCGGCUCCUGCAGGAGGAGAACCGGGCGCUGCACGUGCUGCGCGAGGAGCACCGGGUCUUCCAGGAGGAGAACAAGGCCCUGUGGGAGAACAACAAGCUGAAACUGCAGCAGAAGCUGGUCAUCGACACGGUGACCGAGGUCACCGCGCGGAUGGAGAUGCUCAUCGAUGAGCUGUACGCCUUCAUGCCGGCCAAGAACAAGGACCUCAAGAAGCCGGGCCGGGUCUGA